AUGUCCGGUGGUGAUAGUGAGGUAUGGCAUCGGCAACGCUCGGCAGCAACCUCUGGAUCAUGCAGAAAUCUAGAGUUGGUGAGUAAGAGAUGUCAGGUGGCGGUAGUGAGGUCUGGCAUCGGCGACGCUCGGCAGCGACCUCUGGUUGGAGGAAGAGACGGAUCUCUUUUGCUUACAGAUUGGAAGAGGUUACCGAGGAGUAAAGAGAUGGCUGAGCUUGAGGGUUUAGAAGUUGAUGUGGCAGGUACAACUCUGUCCGUUUCUGAUCAUAUGUGGGUGUGGAAAGGUAGUUCUUCAGGGCUGUUCUUGGUUUCUUCUCUUAGAGGUUUAAUGGUGUUAAAUCAAGGUGCAAAUUGUAGCAUGGCUGACUUUCAAUGGAUCUCCGGCCAUAAAAUCUACGUCUCCGAUUACUCCCGUCAGCGAGGAUAG